AUGUCUGAAAUUGUCUUUACAUCUUUUCUUUCAUUUUUUUAUUUUAAUUUUAUUUUUCUUUCAUUUUUUUCUAAUUUUUAUUUUUUAAGGGACCCAUCAAAAUUUAGUGGAAUAAAAAAGCUACAUAUUCCUUCAGAUUUAAUAUGGAUACCAGAUAUAGUUCUAUAUAACAAUGCUGACGGAGAACCUCACAUUUCAAUUGUUUCUGACGCCAUAAUUUAUUUCAAUGGAUUAGUUGUUUGGAAACCCCCAAGCAUUUACAAAUCUUUUUGUAAUAUUGAAAUUGAAUAUUUCCCUUUUGAUACACAAGAAUGUUUAAUGAAAUUCGGGGGAUGGACUUAUAAUGGAUUUUUGAUGAAUAUAUCACAAAUACCUGUAGGCCCAGAUGACAAACCCCAAGCACUUAGUUACCCUGAUGGUAGAGAAUACAAAUAUCUUAAAAUUGGGAUGGAUCUGUCUGCUUACCAUCCAAGUCUUGAAUGGGAUUUGAUGUCAGUUAGUAGUAGUAGACAUGAACAACUUUAUCCUGGUUGUUGUGGUCAGGAUUUUUACAUUGACAUAACCUUUCGACUUGUUAUUCGACGCAAAACUUUAUUUUUUAUUGUUAAUUUGGUUAUUCCUUGCAUGCUACUCGCAAUUUUAACUGUUUUUGUUUUUUAUAUUCCUGCAUGUGAACACAAAAUGACUUAUUCUAUUUCUGUAUUGGUAACCUUAACUGUAUUUUACCUUAUUCUAAUUGAAUUAAUUCCCCCAACUUCAAUGGUUAUUCCAUUAAUUGGUCGUUAUCUACUCUUUACAAUGUUUCUAGUUUCCUUUUCUAUUGCAAUUUCUGUUGUUACUCUGAAUUUUCAUAGACGUGACGGAACCCUUCACACAAUGCCUCGAUGGAUUUAUCGUCUUUUUAUUCGUCUACUACCCAAACUUUUAUUGAUGAAUCCACCGGAGGAGGAUGCCCAGUCAGAGAAUGACGAGUCUACCACUAUAUCUGACACACAAGCCCCUUCAUUUUGUGCUGGUUCCAGGAGGCCAAGUCCCUUUUUUGUUUCUUCCACAAUCCCUGAGGGGGAAUUGAGGCUUUCACAACUUGCACAGAUGAGAGGGCUGGGCCCUGAUGUGCUCAGGAGAAUGUUGGACAAUGUGCAUUUUAUUGCUGAUUAUUUUAGAGCAAAACAGAAACGCGACAAGGCAAGUUUUUUUCCAAAAUGCGCAAUUUUCAUAAUGUCAAAUUAUUUAAAGGUAUCAGAAAAUUGGUCAUAUGUUGCAUUUGUCCUCGACAGACUCCUACUAAUAAUAUUUUCAACUACUCUACUUGUUGGAACAAUUUUAAUAUUGUCAAGCUCGCCCCCAGCUACAAGAGAAUGGGGAGAACCAUUAACUACAAUGAGGCCAACAAAGCCCCUAAGUGGAGAUACUUUUGAAUUUGAAUUGAGAGGGGAGACGGAAGUUGAUAAAAUACUUUAA